CCGCGCUGACGGCGCCAAGAUGGCGGCGCUGCGGGACGGGGACUUUGCGGCGCUGCAGAUCCUGCUGAAGGCGCCGUCGAAGGACGCUGUGCGGCAGCUGUGCCAGGAGUGCUUCUCCAGCCCGCCCGCCGCGCUCGGCCCGCUGGCGCAGCGCGCCUGCCCCGGGCUCGCCGUCAGCGCCGAGGAAGCGGAGCAGCUGGUGUCUGCUCUGCACAACCUCACCAGGCACGUGGUGUACCGCGGCUUGACCGGGGCAGAAGACAUCCUCCGUCUCUUCCCAGAAAACUUCCACCAAAACCUGAAAAACCUCUUAACUAAGAUAAUCUUGGAGAAUAUCUCUGCUUGGAGGAAUGAAGCACAAGCCAGUCAGAUCUCCCUGCCUCGGCUGGUGGACAUGGACUGGAGGGUGGACAUCAAGACAUCUUCAGACAGCAUCGUAAGAAUGGCAGUCCCUACCUGCCUGCUGCAGUUAAAGAUUCAGGAAGAUGCUGCUUUAUGUGGAAAUAAUCCUGUUGUUUCUGCACUGACUGUGGAACUGAGCAAAGAAACCCUGGAUACUAUGUUAGAAGGUCUGGGAAGGAUUCGGGACCAGCUUUCUGCCGUUGCAAACAAAUGAAUGCUCAGGGCAUGGAUGCCAGCAGCAAGGAAGGGAAGUACUCUCUACCUACAGCUGUCAGAAGCUGCAGCCUAGUGUAACACGUUGUCUAUUUCAGCAAAACAAAUCUAAAGAGGUUUUUUUCUUGAAUUAAUGAGAUAGCUUUUGAAAAGCUAAUACUCAAAUACUUAUUUGGUUGGAUGCCAAGAAAUGGUUUCCUAUUAUGUUGUUGAACAAAAGCUGUUCGCCGUUUCAGAAGAGGAUUUCAGGGCUCGGAGCUUGGCUUAAUCACAAGGGUCAUAACUGGAAACAGCAAAUAGCUGCAGCCAAUGAAGCAAGUUCUAUCUCUGUCCUGAAAUGAGAAUCUGAAAGGCUCAAGCUAGGUAAUGGCUGCCUUCCAACGAAGGGAGGGUGCUUCUCUCUGGGAUGUGCAUGUACUGAGGUGCCUGCUGGAUGUAGCACUCUCUCCCUCUCAGUGAAGCAGAGCCAUGCUGCACAUUGUUAUUAGAGGAUGAUGCACUGAAAUAGGGCAGUUAUGCUACAACACAUUCCCUUCUGAUCAGCUUCACAGCAUCAUUUGCAAAAUGACUGUUCUCAUCAUCUUUAGCAGAACUAAUUUCCUCCUUCUGUUUGAAAAGUAAAAAAGGAGUUCAGGUAAUUCAUGUUUGGGGUUUAUUGGACUCUGGGCUUUGUCUUUGUUGCACAAAAACCAAACUGGGAGAAUAAAGAAUUGAAGGCUGUUUUCUGUGCUGUAGGAAACCCCUCUGUGGCAAUAUGUGCCUAUACUUCUUUUAAGUGUUCUGUUGUUUGUGUAAAUCUUCAUUUAAUUAAAGAAUGAACUGCUAA